GAUGUGAAAUCUGCAUAAGCAUGCAUACUCCUUAGUAAGGUAGUGUUCGCCUUUGCCAGUCCAGUCCUUCUUCCGCACUACAUUUCCCGCGAGUCUUUGCUGCAGCACAAGAAUGGACGACAAGUCAUGUGGAUGAGAGCACAACGGUGCAUCUGCCGAAGGGACAAGAUCAGAGAAAGAUGCGGGAGGAGGAGGAGGACACCGCCGUUAGCACGGCCCGGAGCUCGCGCGUUCUCGCGACCAAGUCCGUAGACGUGGCCGAGUGCGAUGGCGUGAAGGAGCAGGCGCCCGUACUGUGCGGCUACCUGAACAAACUUGCAGGCAAAGGGCCUCUGAAGGGAUACAAAACGCGCUGGUUCGUCUACGACCAAAGGAAGUGCUACUUGUAUUACUUCAAGACUCCUCAGGACACUCUUCCUCUUGGCCACAUUGAAAUCGCAGACGCCUCUUUUACGUACGAUGUGGAGGGAGAAGAGGGGCAGUUUGAGAUCCGCACCGCGGGCAAAGAGUUCUUCCUCAAGGCGCCCAGCAGGCAGGUGAUGCAAUACUGGCUUCAGCAGCUACAACAAAAGCGAUGGGAGUUCAGUAACACACGAGGAUUUGGCAACCGAGACAGCAUGUGCUCCCCCACUCCUCUUUUUCCACACACAGGCCUGGUGGCCAAAGAUGCUGAUUCCACGCCCCCUGAGCUGCCUAACGAAACUAUGGAGAGUGUGCGCAAUGAUUUCACAGAGGAGGCAGAUGCUAAUGGUUUAGUGGGACUCCAGACUGCAAGGAACCCAACCCUUAAUUUCUCUCUUCGACAAUGGAGAACCGAGCUGAGGAACAGUAUGUCUCACUUGCGGCCCAACCGAGGGGGAGAGAGCAGACGCAGUGUGUUUUAUACACCCAAUAAUGAGGAGUGGGAGUUGGUGGAUCACCCCACUAAGGACACUCCAGAACACAAACCUCCAUCAGAGAUUCAGCGGCGUGAGAGCCCUUCACACCUCCACAGACACUCCAUCGGCUCAGCGUUCACAUUCGAUUUCCGGAACUCUUCGCGCAUUAAGCGUCCUUUCCAGAUGAGCAUGGCUAAAUCGAGCCGCAGUGCAGAAACGUCACCAGUGGAGUGUAAUGGCAGUAAGACUGUAGAGCUGCAACUACGUCUUCAGAGCCAACAUGAUGAGUUAACCCACAUGCAGGAGGAGCAGAAUCGCCUGCAAGAGGAGCUCAGCAGUCAGAAGGAGCUAGUGCGUCUCCUCCAGCAGACUCUGAGGACUGCUCAGUGUGAUCGCCGGCCAGGAGAGAUGGACAUGGCUGGAGCUUUGGCUGAGAGAGAUGGCCAUAUCCAGGCUCUGUGUGGUCACAUGGAAAGACUGGCACUGGAAAAAGAGAGCCUGCAGCAGGAGCUGAAGAGCCUAAAGAUCAAGGUGGGAGAAAUAAACGAUCAGUUGGGUAUGCUGAUGGAGACUAUCCAGGCCAAAGAUGAAGUGAUCAUGAAGCUGUCACAGGAGAACAAUGAAGUGAGCACUGAGGCAACCGAGUGUAGCUCUCCUUCAGACCGGGACAGACAAGAGCUCCAACAUCUGAAGGACAGUCUUCAGGGCUACAAAUCCCAGAAUAAUUUCCUGAACAAAGAAAUCCUUGAAUUGACAGUGUUACGAAGGAAAGCUGAAAACAGAGAGAAGUUUCUAGAGGCAAAAUACAGUGCUCUGGAGGCCAAGCUGUGCCAGGUGGAGAGUAAGUACUUGGUUCUCCUGCAGGAGGUAAAGACUCCAGUUUGCUCCUCAUCUGAGCAGGGCCCAAGCAGAGAUGUCAUUUCUAGACUGCUGGAGGAUGCUCUGCAGGUGGAGAGCUCUGAUCAGCACGAGCACAUGAUUCUCAAGCCCCAUCCUGUCAGUGAGUAUGACAUAUAUGGCUUCAAAACAGUUCCAGAGGAGGAGGAUGAGGAAGAGAAGCUGGUAGCCAAAGUUAGAGCUUUAGAGCUCCGAUCUCUUUCUUUAACUGACCAGGAAGUGUCUGUUGGAGUGAAAUGGGAAAACUACCUGGCUGGUACCAUAAACAGGGAGCCAGUGCGCUCUCCUGAGCUAAAGGCUUUAAUUCGCAAUGGUGUUCCUCACGUGCAUCGCUCCAGAGUCUGGAGCUGUUGUGUUAACUUCCAUGUGAAGAAGAUCCGCGAGUGCCAGAAGCCAAAUUACUAUGAGAGCCUGUUGUGCACAGCAAGGGAAAAACCAAACCCAGCUUCAAAACAGAUAGAGCUGGACCUGCUGCGUACACUGCCCAAUAACAAGCAUUAUGCCUCACCUUCAGCUGAUGGCAUCCAGAAACUUCGAAACGUGCUGCUGGCAUUCUCCUGGAGAAACCCAGACAUUGGAUACUGUCAGGGACUUAACAGGCUAGCAGCAAUAGCUCUUCUCUAUCUAGAGCAGGAGGAGGCUUUCUGGUGUCUCAUCACCAUUGUGGAAGUUUUCAUGCCACGAGACUAUUACACCAAGACUCUUCUUGGCUCACAGGUUGACCAGCGUGUGUUUAAGGACCUGAUGAAUGAGAAGCUGCCAAGACUUCAUGCUCAUUUCGAGCAGCAUAAAGUGGACUUUUCUCUCAUCACCUUCAACUGGUUCCUGGUGAUGUUUGUGGACAGUGUGGUCAGUGACAUUCUCUUCAAGAUAUGGGAUGCGCUUCUCUAUGAGGGACCCAAGAUCAUUUUUCGCUUUGCACUCGCUCUCUUCAAGUGCAAAGAGGAAGAGUUUUUGAAGUUGCAAGACCCCAUGUCCAUUUUUAAGUAUCUUCGAUACUUCACACGGACAAUUCUUGAUGCAAGAAAGCUGAUGCAAAUGGCUUUUGUGGACAUGAACCCAUUUCCCUUAAGGCAAAUCCAAAACCGUCGAACCUUUCAUCUGGAGAAGGUUCGACUUGAGCUCACGGAGCUGGAAGCCAUUCGCCAGACAUUCUUGCGCGAGAGAGAGACCUCGCAAGAUGGACGCACACUUAUCAGUGAUGACGAGGAGGACACCUAAACCUUUAUUUCUUCUUCUUUAUUAACAGUUUUAAAUAUUUACAGUAAGUGAUCUGUAUGGUGAAGUCUUUUCACUUGAAACAGCAAAGAAUCUUAAAGAAUCGAUCCAGCCUUUUCCUUUCCAAAAGUUGUCAAUUCUGGUUGAUCUUUUGAAUUAAAUUUAUUUUUUAAAGAUCAGGCCACAUAUUGAUAAUAAUCUCAUCUUACAGUGGGCAUAAGUUUACCUUGACAAAAUUUCAUUCACCAGUGUUAUCACAAUCAAACAUCUAUGAUUUACACUUUAUUGAUCGUCAACUGUUUACGGUUUUAUUUUAUGCUCAUAUUAGCUUUGUGCAUUAUUUUCUGUUAUUCAUGUUCAUUCAUUUAUGUCUAGUAACUUUUACCCUGGUCAGUGCUGCAUUGGAUUCAUAUCAUAUGCUGGAAACAAGGAGCAUGAUACUCGAUUAUACCCUGGAUAGGCUGUCCAACCACAUCUCUCUCUCUCUCUCGCUCUCUCGCGCUCUCUCUCUCAUACACACACACACAAAAACAUGCAUUAGAGUCAAUUUAAAGUAAGACUGCAUGUUUUUAGAUAUGAGAAAACCCAAAGCAACCCAGGGAUAACAUAAAACACACACACCUGUUAGUGUAGCACCAUUACACUGAUUUUGCUUGUUAAAUUCAAUAUUCCAGGUUUUGAUUGUCCAAAAUAUUCUUGGUACUUCUUUUACUGUUUUCAUUUCCUUAUGAAGCACUUAAAUCACUUUAAAUAAUGGACAUUCACCUAGUUCAGGGAAGCUGAAGAUGCUAUAGGUUGAACUAAGAAGUAGUGAAUUCUUUCCUUGUGUGCAUGUAUCUGCAGUAGCUCAGUUAACAUUUUUGCUACAGUCAUGUGGUGACACUUAGCUGCUGGAAAACAAUCUUUGGACAAUGCACAUCAUUUAAUCUGUCAGAGCCAUGCUGCCUAUUUUCUGUUUGAGUGACGUUUCGAACUGGCUUUGGUCUAGUUUGAUUUUUCAUCUGUCAAGAUUCAGACAUAUAUUCAGUGCUGUUUAAUUUGUGUGUUAUUCAAGUGUUUAGUUCAGGAUUUUUAUAAAUUGACAUUUGUGGAAUUGAAUUUUGACUGCAACAAAUUUAUAAAACUGAAAACAAUUUCCUAAAUGUAUUGAUACAAUUUAUGAACAUUAACAUGACCAGCAGGCUCGUGUUUUGGUAUUGAUUGAAUGAGGUUUACCACCUAGCAGUAUGUAGACUUUUUUAAUGAUGAUGAAAAUAAUAAUAAUAAUAAUAAUAAUAUUAAUAAUAAUAUUUUAUGUGCAACAACAACACACAUUUCAAUCCUUAGGCACAUUGCCUUUUUAGUGUUUCAUUAAGUUAAAAAAUGAAUUUACAUGGAAAUUCACAGCCUGUGUGAUGAGGGACAAUGAAUGUUAGCCUGUUGCCCUUUUAUAAUGCUGGCUUUAUUUUUUAUGUUUUUCUUAUUCUAUAUUUUUAAAGGACUUAAUUUCAAUUUGCAACAUUUAUACUUGUAUCAGGGAUAUUAUAUCCAGUUUACUGUGAUGUGUACCAGUAUUUUCCCAUAGGUUAUCUGACCGGUCACUCCCUCCCAAUUUAAUAUCAGAUAUUGAUCAGUAUAAAACCCUUUGCAUUUGACGAAAAAGAAAUCAGUUUAAUCUUAAAUCAAAGCUGUGAAUUUUUUGUUGUUGUUGGGGGGAGCAGGUCUCCCAGAAUAGCAUAGUUUUUGGCAUUUUUUUUUUUACUAGGAUUUUGAGAAGACCUAAACAUUUCCACAGUGUACUUGAAAUUAUUUCUUUAUAUUUGUAUUCCCAACAUUGUAAUAAUUUCACUUUGUAUUAAGGACAUUUGUAGUGCACUGCCCAUGAUAUUUGGCCAAAAUCAUAACAUUUCUUGUCUAAACCUUUGUAUUUUUUCUAUAUGAAUUACCUAUAGGCCUUGUUGUUUAAGCAGAUACAUUUUAUCAUUGUCUUUUCCACUGCUUUUCUUGAAUAAGCUAGCAUGUCUUAUUUGCAUUGUUAUUGUUCAGCAAUGCAUUGCACUGCUGUUUGCAUCAUUGUGUAUCUAUUCCUCCUAUAUAUGAAACAAUGUAGAAAUCAAGUAAUGCAUUUAAAUGUAUCAAGUAUUUCAUUGUGUAAUCGUAUUUGUCUCGUCUGCCCAUAUGACCUGAUCAAUAAAUCUCAGCAGCAUUAAGUUAA